UGACAGAGCAAAACGACACGCCUGAGAAUUAAAUUACAGCGACUGUUUCUGCACUAAAAAUAUACCACCUUCUGGCGUAUGGUGUUGUUGAAAGUAAGAGUAUUAUUUCGAUUCAAUGUAGUCACAAUAAAUACAUGUAUUAAUGGGGCGUUGUAAUAAGUUUCAACAACAGACGAGAAAAUAACAUGUUAAAUAGAUCGUUUAUUUUGUCCAACAUAUGUCAAAAAGACUCCAAGUGACUUUCAUAUUAUAAUACUAAAAGCUCUAUUUAAUUUAAACAUCCGAAAUUGUAAGCGAAAAGUCAUCGGUACAUGGUGUAAGACCCUUCUGGAUCGUCUGGAAAAAAAUGGAUCGACGAAAAUGUCAAAGGGUCGAGGAGUACGUCAAUUAAACAAUUUUGUCACAAAUGGUAUAUUCGGCAUGGGCAUAACUCUAUCUCAACCGAUUACGGAGAAACACACCUUCACUUUUGAAAAUGAAAAGUUCAAAGGUGCUGUCAGUUCGAUGCAAGGUUGGAGGGUCACGAUGGAAGACGCGCAUUCCGUAUAUAUGGAGCUUCCGGGAGAUCCGACGGCGAGCUACUUCGCCGUUUACGACGGCCACAGUGGGCCGAAAGUGGCAGAGUUCGCCAGUAGGAACCUUCAUAAAUAUGUAGUCAAGAACGACUUAUUCCAACGCGGAUUCGUCAAGGACGCCAUGAAAGCUGCGUUUUUAGACAUGGACGUGGAGAUGAGAGAACGGGAGGAGCUGCAGGACGACAUGUCCGGUUCGACGGCCAUCGUUGUCCUCAUCAAGGAAGGCUCUUUGUUCUGCGCCAAUCUCGGAGAUUCGAGGGCGAUCGCGGUCAUCGACGGCCACGUCCACGCACUCUCUUUCGACCACAAGCCCAACACCCCGUCCGAAUACGAGAGGAUCGUGGAAGCUGGCGGAUGGGUGGAGUUCAACCGGGUCAACGGCAACCUGGCCGUCUCGAGGGCGUUCGGCGAUUUUGUCUACAAGAUGAACGAAAACAGAGACCAGGAGAAACAAUCCAUAAUCGCUUUGCCCGACGUUACAGAAACUAAGCUCAACGAACGAUGGGAGUUCAUCCUCCUCGCAUGCGACGGCAUUUGGGACGUCCUUUCAAACACGGACGUCGGCGAGUUCGUCUCCGUCAGGAUCCAACAAGGCAAACCUCCGGAUGCCAUCUGUGAAGACCUGCUCAACCGAUGCCUCAGCCCGGUAAGUAACUACGGAGGGACUGGGUGCGACAACAUGACGGUCAUUUUAGUCCUUUUUAUGAAAAACAAAAAGAAUCAAAUCGUGUACUCUAAGCCCCUUAGUAAAGACGAUAGCCCGGCGAGCAUCCAAUAGACACAGGAGUUGUUCUCACUGGGGACCCUAUAAUAAAGUUCAAAAUUAUUUA